AUGGACUCGGAGGACGACGAUUUCCACAGUGGGGGGACGGGGAUGGAGAGCGACGAAGGGGAUGCCGACUACGGAUUCGUGGAGAAUGACUCCGACGACUCUGACGACAUCAUCUACCACCGGCAUCAGGUGGGAAUCAAUUAGUGGGAGCUUUCCCAAUCUGUGCCUUCCAUUCUGCCGAUGAUUUCCUCUCCUUCUAUCAUGCUUAACUUUCGGCCUUUAGAAAGGCAACUAUUCCCGAUUAUCUUUGGCAAGAAAUCAUCCUACUUACCGGAGAACUUGACGAUUUCUGUGUUUGCUUUAAUUUGCUUCUUUCUUUUGGCGAGGGCCCAGUUUUGUUUUCGCUUUGAAGCAGAUGAUGGCUUAAGUGCAAAAUAAUUUAAUUUAAAUUCCCUUGGAAAUUAGUCGGACCAAAGCCCUUGGGGAUAGGAAAUUACGGUUAAGUUUUGUUCUUGAUGGAUUCACUGUCUUCAAAGGGUGCGAGUAGUUAAUCUUGUGACAUCUAUGUUUUUGUACGAUUCUUGACUUGUUAUUACUUUUUCAUCGAAUAUAAUUAAUAUUUACCAUUUCUUUUGCAGAACUAUACCAUCUUAGGUGAACAUGAUAUAAUUCGUCUUCAAAUGGAGGACAUAAAUAGGGUAUCUCAAGUGCUCUCAAUGUCUAGAGACGAUGCCUGCAUACUUCUUCGCCAUUAUAAAUGGUAUGCUUUAUCCAAGUGGUACUGGCUUAUUGUGCUCCUUCUUCCGGGAAAUCGAAUUUUCGUUCUUCAUCAAUUCAUUUGGUUAUUGAGUUUAUUGGAUUAAAAAAAAUCCAUUUAUGGGAUUUCUUUUUCAUUUUUAACAACACUCUUCAUUUCCUAUAUUAUACUCCAUCUCCUAAAUUGUUGUGUAGUGAAUCCUUAUCCUUAACAUUACACUUCGCUAUAAAAUGGUUUAUUUAGUGGAUGGAGGAUCAUCCGAUUAAAAUUUCUAGUGUCAGUUAAAGUCCAGAAAUAACCUCUGCACGAGAAUUGUGAAAGAGCAGCACAUGCUCAGCAUUCCUAUUGCAGAAAAAUGCCAUCCCAAAAGAUUGAUUUUCUGAUUUUUAUUGAAUUUUUUUUUUGUCUCUAAGCAUGCUCAACUACACCAACUUGUCAUCUUCCCCUCUUAUUCAGUGGUGCUUAAAUCAAAGGCUAAUUAGAUAUCCUUAUCCCACCUCCUAGAUUGGAGUGAUACCUGCGGAUGAAUAGAUGUUUGGAUGCAGUAUAGGUUUCAUGUAUCUCUUUCCAUGUGAUCCCUGUCGGGUUGGAACUUAGUUGUUUCUGUCAGGCCAUGGAUCAAUUCUCCGUGGCUCAAAUUCAUAAUUAAUCGGUUAAAUUUUCCCUGGAUUGAAGUCAAAGUAUUUAUAAUUGGCCCUAGUCCAGUCAAGCUCGAGAACUGAUUGUGCAUGAGCAUGUACUUCUAAAAGUUAUUGGGGAAAUCCUAGGCAAGCCCUAAAGAAACCUGAAAACUGUUAUUAGGUGGUCUUACCCUAAUCAUAAGUACACUUGUAUGCAUAACCACCGAUAUGUUCAGAAUUUUUCAAGUUAGGUAAUGUGGAUUGCCUAUGAUCCAGUUAAGAGAGAUCGGGUUGGUCGCUGGAAUUUUCUAGCUCUAGUUCAAUGCAACCUAUUUAAAUCUUUGUCGCUCAUAAGAAAAAUACGCUUGUAUGGAUUCAAAUACUGGCUUACUGGCACAUACGAGAAAUUUCUUUGAUUGGUUUGGAAGGAGAGCAAACUGUUUUUAUAUCUAAUUUACUAUCAGUUCUCUGUAGUUACUUUUUAUUUUUCUUAAAAUAAACUUAUUGCAAUGCCGGUCAUUUGUUUUAUCUACCGACUCUAGUGGUAAUUUGUUAUCCAUGGUGAUCUUAUUUAUUUGUCAUCGUUUUACUGCACAGGAGUGUAAAUAGGGUGCACGAUGAAUGGUUUGCAGAUGAAGAAAGUGUUCGAAAAGCAGUUGGAUUGUUGGAGAAGCCCAUAGAAAUGCCAAGAAGUAGGGAAGUAAGUCCCUCAUAUUAUCUGUCAUAUCUGCUUAGUUUCUGACAGAGGAAUUUUCCUGGUGGGCAUUAAAAUUUCUUGUUAUUUUUUUUUUAGAAAUUUAGGUUUUUUUCAUUCUCAUUGUACUUUUUUUUAUACACGGCUUUCUAUGAUUUGUCUCAACUGUGUAUAUGUUGCUUUUGGUAGAUGACAUGUGGAAUUUGCUUCGAGGUGUACCCGUGUAAUAGGAUGAGAUCUGCUGCAUGUGGCCAUCAUUUUUGUAAUUCAUGCUGGGAAGGUUUGUUUCCAUCACUGUUGAUCUGAAAUCAUUUCCCUUCCAUUUAGAGUACCGAUAUUUCAUAUGCAUUUGUGGAGGCUAAGAUGCUUUUAACUUCUGCUUUUGCUGAAUCAUCUCUGUGGAUAUGAAGAAAUUUCCGUGAUUUAUUCUGAUAUAUCUUAUUUUUGUUUUUGAAUUGCUUCCUGUGACUUGUUUUGUUUAUCCAUUUGCAACAUGAUUGUGGUAGUGAUAGGUUCCAAUGGCCUGUUGAAAGGUAAGAUGGGAAUCAGUAAAUCAAAGUUUAUAUUUAGGAACAGAUGAAGUGAUCUACACAUCAUUUAGGAAACUUGUCAAUUAGUCCGAAGAUAUCAUAUGACCAUUGCCAAAACUGAUGACUAAUCUGUAAACCCGUUCCUUCUUUAAACAUCAUUGGGGGGUGGAAUGUAUGUGCUACAUUACUUUAGUUUGGAACCAAUGGGUGAUGUCAAUUUCUAGUUUUAAGUUUAUUUUGUUUCCCUGCUCCAACUUGAAUUGACUGAAGCUCUACAGAGAUCCAGAUAUUGUCUUUAUUGUUCGAUCAUUAAGACGGGCUAUUAGAUCCAGCUUUCUUUUUAUUAUUUUAUAAGACUUUUCCCGCGUUCAUAUAGGCCAGAAAAGAAACAUAUUACUAACGUGAUUGGCCCAACACUGUUGAUUCUGGAUUUUCGUAUCAAUACAUUUCUUUUCUGAUUAGUUUUUGAUUUCCCCUAUUUUCUAUUUCACCAUAGAAGUUAUUUAGACCUCUGAUUUCUGUUCCGAGAUACCUUCUCUGGAAUCUCUACUUGGUAUCAAAUGCUCAAUGUGCAAUUAUACGGACAUACAUCCUUCUCAUAACUUUACAUCGAUUUGACUAGAGAAAAACUUAUGAGUAAAACAUUUAUUUGGCAGGCUACAUUGGCACAUCUAUAAAUGAUGGUCCUGGAUGUUUGAUGUUACGAUGUCCUGAUCCGGAUUGCAGUGUGGCCAUAGGCCAAGGUAUGAUUAAUGUAGUGGCAACUGAAGAGGACAAGAAGAAGUAUGCACGAUACCUUCUUAGAUCUUAUAUUGAAGAUAACAGAAAGGUAAAGAUAAGCCAGAGUUUAGUAUUAUCUUUUCGCGUCAGUUUUAACGAAGAUUUUUAUUCUAUUUGUUCUUCUUGACUUUGGAAAUAAUUGAUUUAGCACGAAGAGAGGGCCCACCUUUGUCAUUCAUUUCCUAUCUUUUGGACGAAUGUAGAUGUAGGAACAUUGACCAUCUCUGGUUCUCGAUAGGAACUUUUCUGUACUCCAAUAAUUAAGAAAGUGGAUCAUAACCGGAUCUGCCAUGACUGCUUCUUGUUCUAUGUUUGAGUAAAAAAUUGUCUGGCUUCAUCCUUGGCUCAUUUUGUUUGUUCCGAGAUAGAGUGGUUCUUACUUGUUUCUUUCUGCCUUUGACAGUUCCAGUAUAAAAGGGCCUCCAACAUGAGCUCUGCAAUUAAAGGGGGUGAAUGGCUUCAAUACAAUUUCUUUUGUAUAAGAUAAAACGUAGUGAAGAGUGUUGUAAUCACACAAUGCGUAAGACAUUAUGGUAUUAAUUUCCUACAUAUUUAUCUGUCCAAGUGACCUAACCUAGAAGUUACCUUAUAGAAGAUGCUAAUUGGACUUUUACACCAUGCUUUGCUUUCUCGAUACAAGGCUUCUUCUUACAUCAAAUACCUAUAAAACUGGACUAAUGUGAAAAUAAAGUUAACCACAUAUAAAAGACUGUCUAGCAAAGAUUGAGAAAAGAUCUUAAUGCAUUGAAAGCUAGGUCAACCUUAAGUAGAGUUUGAACGCACUACGAAUUUGGAGUUUGAAAAAUUUGGACUGUGGAGAUGUAUACGCACACAGAAUUUGGAAACUUUGGGUACUUGAGUUAAAACUCUACUGAGGUUUUUAAUACUAUAACUAAUUUAACAGGUUAAGAACAGAAAUGUAGUUGAUACUUGAGGAAACCCGAGCCUUCUUUAAAACAGGCAUAAUUUAAUAUUAUUCAUGCCUUAGUUCCUAUUCCAGACCACGUGUUGAUAGUUUGUCAAUGAUUCCUGUACAAGGGAUGACACUUUUACACCAAGGAUCAAGGGUUUGAUUCGAUAUUAUAUUUUUGCCGAUAUGGCAGUUUCUGAAGGACUUGUUUUAUAAUUUCUAGGGUUUGACUUUUCGAACCAAAUCUCAUGGACAAAAAAUAAAGACAAGUGAAUACAACAAUUAUGAUGCUGUCGUAAUCAAAGUCAAUUUGUCCAGAUUAGCAGGACCUUAACUUUUUCAUGAAUAUUUAGAGUGGUGACUGUCUUCAUCAUUGGAAAAACUUGGGUUUUGCUACACUGAAAAGCUUUUGAGGAAUCCUUGGGGUCUUACUAUCUUUGUUGGCAGAAGACCACUCUUAGCUCUUGGAAAUCGUUAAGUAAUGUCAAUGAUAUAAUUUGUCUAGAUGUUUUUGUUGUGCUAGUCCAUGUCAGUGUUCAUUGUUUUUUGUGUUCUUCUUUUGGGGUUGGUAGAAUAUUGCCAUAAUUGAAGUAACGAAAUUGUGGGGAGUGCAUGGCAUUGGAAGACCAAAGGUUAUUUUCUGAGAGAAAAUUAAUGUCAACUUAUCAGAGCCCACAGAGGAGCCGAAAAUGCAUAAAAUCCCCGUUUGACCAUCAGUUCCUCCAAUUAUGAGUUUGCUGUACACAUUGCUCUCCCCCCAUUGAUGGGUCCAAAAUAACCCACAUUGUUCUUCAACGUCUAAACUUUUUUCUUUUGAUGUUUAGACAAAAUGGUGUCCGGCACCUGGUUGUGAGUUUGCAGUGGACUUCGUUUUGGGAAGUGGAAGUUACGACAUUAUCUGCAAGUGCUCUCAUAGCUUUUGCUGGAAUGUGAGGAGCUUCUGACAUUUUGUCUGAUUCAUUGUACUCUGAACCAAAUCAUAAAAAAAAAAUCGAAUAUUAUAUUAUUGCAAAUAAGUUGUAAAAAAUAAAUUUAUCUUCAGUGUACAGAGGAAGCCCAUCGACCAGUGGAUUGCAGAACGGUGGCAAGGUGGAUUCUGAAGAACAGUACUGAGUCUGAAAAUAUGAACUGGUACAUAUCUGCACUGUACUAUCUUUGACAAUGACAGCAUUAUCCUAGUGGCUCCCUCAUACGUGAUGUCCUUGAGAUAUUUUCACGCAUAAUUAAUUUAUCUUAUCUAUUUAUGUGGUCAUAUCUGUUUUGAAUGGAUACCAACCAUGAAUAUGAGGUACCAGGUCAAAAGAGACACAUGUUGUCCUCCAAUUCUCGUAAUCUCAGCUAUUUAUCGUAAGGAAACAUGUAAGCUGGGUUUUGCCGUUUAAUUAUCCCUAUGGCUACUAUAAACCAGAAUAACUAAAGAUCACCAAAGUCUAUCUUGAAAACUUGCUUGAAUAGUGUUUUAGGCAAAGUUUUGAAAACUUGAUUCUAGCAGUAAAUAAUAAUAUUACUUGAAGAAUAAAAGUGGAAAAAUUAGGAUUCGAAUUAUUGUGUCUAUCUUGAGAAAUAGAUUCAUCAUAGUUUCAUCCUAGCAAAUAUCUUAUUUUAUCUUUCUGUCAAAUUUAACAAUUUCACAGAAGUAUUAUACAAUAUGCAAAUGUUAUUUCCCUGUAACUAGAUUUUAUCUUAUGAUUUCUCCCAGAUUUGUGAAUUUACAUGUUAUCCAAAAGGUUGAAGGUUGUUAGCCAAGUCUGUGUCAACAGUAAAGGUGGUAAAUCUAAUCAAUCAUUCAUCCCUUUGUCCCUCAACGUUGGACCAUGGGAUUGAUGACAUUAGCAUCUUGGAGUACUUUUUAUGGAUUGAUUACUUCUGUCUACACCUUCUUGGUUUAAGCUAUUGCUCUGAGCUUUUUUUAAAAUACCCGAUUACACACAUUUAAUCCUGCAUUUUUUUAAAAGACAUUUUUUGCCUGCCUCCAACAACCAAUCAUCCAUCCGCAUAUAUAUAUAUGUUCACCGUUCAACAGGAAUCCAUAUUCUCUAAGCAUUGAUCUAGCUCACCCGCGACUGAACCAGCUAUUACAUCUCAUGUAAUAUGCAUGCAUCCAUGCAAUAACGACUGCUACGCAUACAUAUGUGCGUACAGCUACAUGCUCGUCUGCUCUGUCGAUGUCCCAAGUAAGUCAAAUGUACAAAGUGGGAUGCUCCAUUAUCUUUCAGUUAACCAUAUUUCUUUCCUCCAGCCAUCUGUUGAUGCUACGGAUGGAGAAAAACAGGUGGGAGGAAUCAUCACCCUUCUGUUAUGUGCUUCCAGUUCUUUCCAGUUGAAAAACGGAGCCUCUCUGUACCCAUGGCCCACCUAAGUUUAUGAUGAUUAUUCUGCUAUGUGUAGUACUUCAUGGAAAUUUAUUUCCCUGAAAAUUAUUCACCUAAGAAAAAGUCCAAAGGUCUCCCCUAUCUUUUGAGAAAGCUUUCCAUUUUCCUGCAUGAUCUUUGCAUUCUCCAUGUCCAAAGAAGUCAUGGAAGAUUGUAUUCCUCAGUCUAGAUGGUAUACAAAGGUAUCUACCCCCCAUCUGUUCCAAACCCCAGGGCAUUUCCAUCUAAUAAUUUCGUCCCUUGGAAGUGCGGAAAUCUCGAAGUACAACAUUCAUCCACUUCUAUCCUAGUCAACCUAUUCUUUCAUGACUGAAUAGGAAUGUCCACAUCCUUGUGCAAUCCAGCUGAUAAAUAAGCAGUUGUAUUGCUCAUUAAUUACCAGAAUAUGAGACAGGAUAAAAUAAAUAGACGUGUAAACUUCAGGAACUUUGGAACUGGUAGUCCUGACUGGAAAUCUCCUGCGAGUGGAAAUUAUCACGUGCAACUGGGGAAAUGAGUUUCUUUUACCCUUGCAUGUGUGCACAAUAUCUGUAAGGUCAUUUUUUCAGUUGAUUAUUUCUGAUGAAGAUGACCAUCAUUAGUUUAUCAAAAAUAUAUUUAGUUAUUUAUUUGCUACUUGUCCAAUUAACUAUCUUAUUUCCCUGAAUGCGAGGGUAAUGAAAAUUUGGAAAUCGUAUCUGGUUUAAAUCCAAAAGCUACGUACUCGUUUAUUCACAUUUGAAUCUUUUACAUACAAGUUUAUCGCUGAAUUUGAUUCAUUCAUGAUGUUUCUUUUGCUGCGGAAUAACCAUAUGCAAUGCCUAUACACAGGAUAUUAGCCAACUCCAAGCCAUGUCCAAAGUGCAAACGGCCUAUCGAGAAAAAUCAGGGCUGUAUGCAUAUUACAUGUACUCCUCCUUGUAAAUUUGAGUUCUGCUGGUAAGAAACUAAGAUCAUCAUUGAAGUACUUAGCAAAAAAAAUAUAAUAUUUAUUCUUUAUUUUUCUACGUUUUAGGCUGUGCUUGGGUCCAUGGUCUGAUCAUGGCGAAAAGACUGGCGGUUUUUAUGCAUGUAAUCGAUAUGAAGCAGCAAAACAGGAGGGGAUGGUGUGCUGAUGCUUUCUUGUUCCCUUUUUCUAUAGCAUGACAUCGUAACAUCAUUUACACCCUUUGACUGAUAUAAAUCUGGUUUCAGUAUGAUGAAACUGAAAGGAGGAGGGAGAUGGCUAAGAAUUCUCUGGAGAGAUACACACAUUAUUACGAGCGAUGGGCAACUAAUCAGGCUGUGAGUGAAAAAAAUAUUUUUGCUCUUAUUAUUGUCAGUGAUAAGGUUGAACAUACUAGAUGUGUACUAAGGCAUUGUUUCUGGAAAUAUUGCAGUCGAGACAGAAGGCACUUUCUGAUCUACAGGAUAUGCAAGCUGUACAGGUAAGAAAUGAUAAAAUGUGGCUCUUUCCGAAAUUGCAGACCCGGUUUUUGGCCAAUUUUUUAAUUAAAACCACGAUCAUAACAUAGAGAACACAAGUAAACAUGAAAUAUCGAUGCUCUUACACGAUCAUAACAUAACAAGAACACAGUUGUGUUAUCCGAUCAAUAAAGAGCUGUUUUUUGUGCUUUUUUUUUUUUUUUUUUUUCGGCCAUACCAUGACAUGAUCCUCUCGUUAAUUUUUCCCUGGCCAUACCAUUACAAAGAGUAGUAAGGUGAGAAGACAUGUCGGCCUGGCUUCAUUGGUGUAUCGAUACAUGGCUGGAAAACUUCAUAUUGACGAAUAAUGGAGAAGACAGGAGGUUGCCAUAAAAAUUAGUAAAGUGAGAAAAGCGUGUUGACUUAGACCAGUUGAGAGGAUAACUUUAAGCCUAUGAACAAAUGUGAAGAGAGAAGAAGGUUUUAGAUAGAUAAUAGUAAAGUGAGGAGGCAUACCGACCUUGCCUGAUUGAUGGGCCGAUACCUUUAUAGGAUAAAUUUUUAAAAUGAAUAAAUGGGAAGAGGAAAGGUCGUUUUCUAUAAAUAGUAGUCUAGCGAGAGAACACAUUAGUCUGGCCUGAUUAAUGCUUCAACACAUUAAUAGGAAUAGUUUGAAUUUAAUCUGUAAAUAGAAACAGGGAAGAAGGCUUGCUAUACAAUAGUAGUCAAGUAAGUUGAGAAGAUACAUGAACUUGGUACAAUUGACGGAUUGACUGAUUGAUGGGACAACAUUAUGUUGAUGAAUAAAUGGAGAGAGGGAAGAGGGUUAAUAGGAUAACUUGACUUUGAUGAGUAAACGGAAGAAAGGAGAAUGUUUUCUAUAAAUAGCCGGAGCAGCAAAUGGAAAGAGGGAAGAAAGUUUUCUAUAAAUAGAGUAAUAUGAGAAGACAUGGCUAGAUGGGUCGAUGCAUUGAUGGGACAAUGUUAAUCUUACAGAAUAAAUUGAAAGAGUAAGAAGGAUGUCCAUUAAUAGCAUUCAAGGGGAAAUUUUCUCGACGGAUUAUGAUUAGUCAAGCCGGUAUUUGAGUAAUUUUGAACCUGGGAUUUGAUGGGUCUACCCAGGGUGCAGUGGCAGAUUCAACAACAUUAUGCCAAGUGUAUAUAUAUCUAUUGCAAGAUAUCUUCAUUAAACACCUGAUUUUGCGAACCAUUUUUUUACGAUUUGUUUCCACCAGCUCUGUAGUCACUUGUAUGGGGAAAUUUAUUCAAUUGUCUUGGACUGAUCCAGCUUGAGAAACUCAGUGACAAGCAAAACCAACCCGAGUCUCAGCUAAAGUUCAUUAUAGAGGCUUGGUUGCAGGUAUGCCCAAUCUCUCUACGGUUUAGGUAUCCCCCACCCUCACCCACCAAUUAGAUACUUUUAACUCUAUUGUCCAAUGUGUAGAUUGUGGAGUGCAGGCGAGUCCUUAAGUGGACAUAUGCGUACGGAUAUUACCUGCCAGAAAGUGAAUAUGCCAAGAGAGAAUUCUUUGAAUAUCUUCAAGGUUUUUAUCAUCUACUAGUAUAGUUGCCGCCACUAUAUUUUUUUCUCUCCCUUUUCUCCUGAGAAACUCUAGUUAUCUCCCAGGUGAGGCCGAGUCUGGGUUGGAGCGGCUCCAUCAGUGCGCUGAGAAGGAGCUCCAGGGUUUUAUUGAGGCCGAAGGCCCUACAAAGGAAUUCAACGACUUUCGCACCAAGUUGGCUGGGUUAACAAGGUACUCGUCCAAGUAGCUCCAAUUUUUAGUUCCCGUGGGAAAGUGAGUUGAGCUCUCACUUUCCCGAUUUGGUGUUUUCACAUGUGGAUAAGGAGAGUACAUUCUGCCCACCAUAUAUGAACGAGCGAAAUACAUUCUACUAGAAAUAUCUGAGAAUCAUGGGAUAAUCCAAGGUUCGUAGUCAGUUGAGUGCUUGCUCAUACCCAGUUCUUAGCUUAAUAUCCUGGUAAAAUGCGAUGAUAAUGGAGAUAAUUUGACUUCCUUUCGACCAUUUUUUUCCUUUUUAGUAUGAGUUGGGUAGCAGUCAACAACCCAAUAAAAAUGUCUAAUAAAAGAAAAACGGAGUACGAGGCCUAAGACCAUUUUCUAGGCCCAGGAAGGCAGUUUUUGUGACAAAUUUCUGUCUACUGAUUAAUGAUCUUUGAAUGACAGUAAGAAUCUGGUGUGGUUAUCUGAUGUUUGUUGAUGUACAGCGUGACCCGGAACUACUUUGAGAAUCUCGUGCGGGCCCUCGAAACCGGGCUGAACGAUGUGGGGCCUUCCAGCCAUCUGGCCGCCUGCAGCAGGACUUCAGGCUCCGGCGGCAGCAUUAGCAGAGCCAAGAGCGGGAAGAGCAAGGUGGUGAGGUCUUCGGCCUUCAGGCCCGGCGGCCCAAGCCGCAGCAGCUCCGACGAUGGAACCCACUGGUCCUGUGGCCGCUGUACUUUCGUCCAUGUGAACCCCAGCAAUAUCUGCCAGAUGUGUGGUCACCAGCGCCAAACCUGUGCUCAUCCCUCCGAUAAUCAGUAG